AUGGUAGGCUAUAAUAUGAACGGUCCUGUUAGGGAUCGUGUAUUAAAAUUGAUCGAAGAGAAAGACAGGAUAGAAAGUGAGAUUAGGGAUCAAAAUGCUGUUUUGGAGACUAACAAUGUCGGAAUGCACGAUUCUCUGGUAGACUCUGAAGGUUUUCCUCGCAAUGAUAUUGAUGUAUACAAAGUAAGGCACGCUCGCCAUCAAAUUAUUUGUCUUCAAAACGAUCACAAAAACUUGAUGAAAAUGAUUGAAAAGGGGCUUGCAGAAGUACAUGCAGACUUGCUGGGGAACAGAGGAAGCCAGUCAGUUGAUUUACCAGCAACAUACAGAAAUGGCCACACAAGUAGCAGUAGCAGCGGGAACACUGUUAACGGCAGUAUCAAUAAUCAAUGCUUUGCUACAGUUGGUUUUGUCACUGACGGUUCACCUGCAGAUGUUGCUGGUCUCUGCGAGCAUGAUGAAAUUCUUCAGUUUGGUUCCGUCAACCACCACAACUUCAGAGAUAUGUCACAAAUCAUGGACAUAGUGGGGCACUCGGUCGGUCAGAGGAUAAACGUGAAACUUAGACGAGGCCACAAUAUUCUCAAUGUGACUGUUGUACCGAGGCCCUGGCAGCAACCCGGGUUACUUGGCUGUCAGAUAUUAAGGAAGUCAUAG